UUGGCCGGGGCCGGCGGCGGUUGGUUCGAACCCGGCUCUCCCUAACGUCAUCAUCCCGCGCCGCGCCGCCAUUGGCUGGGGCCGGCGGCGGUUGGUUCGAACGCGGCGCCGCUCCCGCCAUGGUUCCCGGCAGGAAGAAGGGCUCCAGCUCCCGCAGCAGGAAACUGGCGGCUUUCCUCAAGGACUUCGACCGCGAGGUGAGCCGGCGGCUGGAGCAGAUGCGGGCGGACGGGGAGCGCCUGGUGAAGGAGAUGGAGAACCUGUACGACAUGGCGAUCAUGCGGCUGCCGCUGGAGCUGCGCCAGAUGAACUGGCUCGAGUUCUUCGCUAAAGUAGGAAGUGGAAAGACAAUGGAAGAAGUGGCUAUGGCAGAAUUAGCAGAAACGGAGAGCAGGAGAGCAGGAGUUACCAAUGCCCCGUUGGACAGUGUCAAGAAAGAGGGUAAAUUCAAGAGGAAUGUUGAAGCUGUUGAGGAAGCAGAGCCUCCACUGCUUCCUCAGCCAAAGAAAUCCAGAGCUGACAACCAGUGUCCUUCAGAGACAGAGGCUGAGAACAUCAACCCAAGAACUGCCAAGGUGAAGGCAUCCACCAAGAAGCCACCCGUGGCCAGGAGACCCCCCUCAGCCAGAGUGAGGCACAUGAGCAAGAGAUCAAGCAAAAGCGGCUUUAUCACUCCAGCCACUGGCAGAAUGGCUGAAAGCUGCACUCGGGGAGGCACCUCCAUGGUCACACCCAGAUUUGAUUCCAGGGUGUUCCAGACGCCGGGGCUGCGCACGCCCGCCCUCCACGAGCGCGUGUUCACCGUCUCUGCCAACGGCAGCCCCCUGGCCGACAGCGGGGACGCCGUGCUCACCCUGCCCCUGGGGGGGGGAGAGAGCAUACGUUUGACAGCAAAGAAUUUGACCAAGAGGAAUUUCCUUCAGCUGAACCCCAAGGCCCGAGGGCUCAUGAAGGAGCUGUCGGUUUGUCUUGCACAGGCUUGCAGCGAGACAAAUAUACCCCUAGAUGGAAGUCAAUGAGAAAUGACAUCCCUCUGUAAAUCCAUUUUAUGUUUAGGACUGCUACCUUCAUUUAGUUUUUGCUCUAAUUUGUAUCUUCCUGCCAUUGAUCUACAGAAUAGAAGCUAAAAACUGGCUAUUCUACCUAUAAUAUGUAAUGGGAUCAAAAUAAAUUGAUUUUUUUUUUUUUUAAUCUGAGGAGAAAAAAUACUGUCCCUGAACUCCCUUGGAUGUAUGGUAAAGCUUGCCUUGGAUUUCCAUACAAAGCCCCAUCCUUUGCCUGUUUCAUCAGCCAGUUCUUUUUUAGCAAGCAUGCUCCAGGCUCUGAAAGCACAGGUCACUCCCAGAGGAGUGCACACUGCUUCCCACCUCCAAUCCAUGCUAGCUGAGAAUUCCAUUGCAGUGAGGUAAUAUGGAAACUGGGGAGGGGGCACUGCUUGGCUGUCACCAGAGCUGGAGAAAGCUGAAAUGUCCUCUGGAAAUCCAGCAGGAGGAAGCAGAGCCUACAGGGUGCAGCUUCAGAGUGAUUUCAGCCUUGUCUCUGAUGAGAGUAGGGAAUAAAUUGUCUAUCUCAGAAAACUGCUGCCCACAAACCACUGAGCUUCAUACUCUCCUCACCCAGAAGAGCAAGGAUUAGACAGAAUUGCUAAUUUUAACAUUGCACACAGACACCAAAAUCCCAGACACCUCCCCUGUCUCUCCAGGGGAAGAUUCUGUAGCUCCUGUUGUGGUUCCUGUGGCCAUGGCUGCUCUGUCAGGGUCACACCAGCCCAGAGCAGCUUUCCAGGGAAAGGUCAAUAGUUGUGGUCUCUCAUCCCUAUAAAGUACAAACCCUGCUGAUGGUGCAGAGUUCAGGGCUGGGCUGAGCAGGGCAGCCACUGGGUUCAUACACAAUUUGAAUUGAAUUCCUUUGCUCUGGGGGUAACUGGAAAUGUCAGUAAGGUCUCAGCUGCUGUUGCUGAGCCUGAGCAGGACUGGGAUUUGAUUACAGCACCAAACUGAACACAGUGACCUGGGGGAAGGCUCUGCUUCUGACACUAUCAGAUGUUCCUCUGUAUUUCCCUCUUUCCCAAAAUAAAAAUUUGUGAAUUUUCUUCCCACUU